GUCGUUCACCACUUCUAACUACUCCAAAAACAUCCUGCCCAUUUUUGGCUGCUUCCGUGUUCGGAGGCGUUGUCCUUACACUUUUAGCCAACGCUGCUUCUUACAAGCUUCCCGGACUUCUGAAGAGCAUCAGCAGCACUCUUCUGAACGUUAAUGACUCGGUUAAGAGCAACGGGGGCAAAGACAGCAAUGAUUCUGGCAGACUGAUGACAAGAGCACAAGUGGCGGCCACUCACAAAGAGGGAACUUGGCAACGCCAGGCUUAUGAAGACUACAAAGGAGUUCUCCUGAACGAGGACUUGAUUUUCCCUUGCAUCUAUGCUACCAAGGGCUUCAAGACUGAUGACCAGCUUUACUUGUUUAUCGACUCUGACGACCUCUCUGACCCCCGCCACAUCCGUUCCCUCGCUUCCGCCCUCUCCGACUACCUACCCCAAGCACAUGGCCUCGGCCCCAACACGUCCCUUGUCCUCCUUGCCAAACAGAACAACCAGCCUUGCACCGUUGACGAGUACAACGACCAGUUCUGGAAGCUCCUUAAUGGUCUUGCCAAGCUCGACAACAAGCCUUGGCCCACUGACGUUCCCCGUGACAUCGACACCGACAGAUGGUGCUUCUGCUUUGGCGGAGAGCCCUUCUUCACCGUCAUCCAAACCCCCGCUCACCAAGUCCGUCACUCGCGGUAUGCCAAGGGCCUCACCAUUGUCUUCCAGCCGAAAUGGAUCUUCGAUAUCCUCUUCAGCACCGAUGCUAAGCGCGCUGGUGCCCUCUCCAAGGUCCGCUCACUGCUUGUGAAGUAUGACCCUAUUCCAGUUAGCCCUGAGCUGAAGAACUACGGAGAUGAUGGUUCAAGGGAGGCUAAGCAAUACUUCUUGUUGGACGAGAACCUUCCGGCUUCGUGCCCUUAUGAACAGCUUAGCCCAUCGCAGGCAACUUAAAAUUAAAUACAUUGAUCUAUGUUUAAGUCGCGGAUAUACUUGCCGCAGAUCUUCUACUUUCACAACGACUUCCUUAUGGAGAUGAAAGUGUGUCAUCACUUGUGUGGACAAAAGUUGCGCUUUGGGGCAAAUAGUCAAAUAUAUAUAUUAGAUUGUAUUUUCUCGACGACAAUGCAAACCAUUUGACUGAAGAACUUGAAGUUUUACUUU